UCUUGACUCAAGAGGAAUAGAAGUUUCUGUAACUGUUCUCUGUUCCAGAAUUUAUAAGAAACACUAUUCUGUUGCAUAUUUUAUUGUAUUACAUUAUUCAAAAUAUGAUUCGAAUUUAAAUCGCAAAGGAUUAAUCAUAUGUGUAGUAAAUAUCGAGGACACAAUAUUUAAAUCGAAUGUCAACGGUAUUAAUAAGAAAUUUUAGUGUUGCAGUAAUAUUUACUUAAAAAACGUGUUCGCAGAUUACGACAAUGGAUUUAAUUUUUUUGACAUUAUGUACUCUUUGCAUCGUUGUGAUUUUCGCAUUUCUGCCAAAAGUGCAUCAUUAUUAUGUUAUUCGACAGAAACUCAAAAACUUACCCGCACCUGUCAUUGGUUCGAUAUUUAAGCUAAUGAGGUUAUCAGAUUAUGCAUAUUCUCUCUAGCACCGUAAAUAUCACAAAAGGAGAUUUCUAUGAUAUGAUGAAACCUUGGCUGGGCAACGGACUUUUGACAUCUACAGGUGAACAAUGGUUUCACGAUAGAAAACUCAUCGGACCGACGUUCCAUUUUAGUAUAUUAGAUCACUUUGCUGUGGUUGUGUUUGAAAAAGCAGAAAUUCUGGCAAAGUGUCUCCAAAAAGAGAUAGAAAAGAAUCCAGGAAAAGCCGUUAAUAUUUUCCCUUUUAUGAUCAAUGCUACUCUCGAUAUUAUCUGCGAAACAGCAAUGGGUGUGGAUGUACAUGCUCAAGAAGUUGCAACCAAAUAUACAUCAACAGUACACCUAACUUCUUCGUUAAUAAUGAAACGAAUGCUUCGACCGUGGCAUUGGAUUGAUUGGUUGUUCUACUCAUUACCUUCAGGGAAACAGUUUAAAUCAGCGCUUGAUAUAUUGCAUGGAUUUACAAAAGAGGUGAUAAAUAAGAGAAAGAUUGAACGACAAUCACAAAGCGGCCAUACGGAAUUUGAAAAUGAAGACAAUGAAUUUAACAUAGAUAAGUGUAAGAGACAGGCGUUCUUAGAUCUAUUAUUAGAUCAGAAUGCGAAAGCUGACACCCCUUUGACCGAUGAUGAAUUGAGAGCGCAAGUUGACACGUUCAUGUUUGCAGGGCAUGAUACAACUGCGGUUGCGAUAACUUGGACGCUCUUUCUUUUGGGUAAUAAUUUAGAGCAUCAAGCAAAAGUUCACGAAGAACUCGAGAAAGUUUUCGGAGAUUCAGAAACACCAGCCAGUGUAAAGGAGCUGUCGAAAUUAAAGUAUCUCGACAGAGUCAUAAAGGAGACACUCCGAAUAUUUCCGAUUGCACCUGUAAUCUCAAGGGAAUUAACGGAAGAUGUAAAAAUAGAUAAUUAUAUACUUCCGAAAGGUGUCAUGGUCUCAUUGUCAAUCUUAUUAACACAUCGAAAUCCGGCAGUUUGGCUGGACCCAUUGAAAUUCGACCCAGAUCGCUUUCUUCCAGAGAACUCGAAGAACAGAAAUCCGUACGCCUAUGUUCCGUUCAGCGCUGGACCAAGAAACUGUAUAGGUCAGAAAUUCGCUCAACUCGAAGAGAAAAUCGUGUUGACUGCUAUCCUCAGGAAAUGGAGAGUGAAAAGUGUGAAAACAGUCGACACGAUUAAGUUCGGCGGCUCUCUCAUUUUACGACCAAGUGAAGAUGUAUUAAUACAUUUCACGCCGAAGAAAUGAACAAUUUGUUAUCAAAUAAAAUAGUUGGCCCAAAAAUCGUACCAGAGUACCAGUAAUCGCCAAGUUCACGUAUUACAAACGUAUUUCAGUGCUUUCUGUCGAUCUUGCGAAUAUUUUUAUUGGUUCCAAGGAAGUGUUUACAAUGUUGUGUUACAUUAUGAAACUCGUAAAUAUAUGAAUUCACUAUUGAUUAAAUUGAAUAUUUG